AUGCGAAGAAAUAGAAAGGGAAUACCAUCUGAUUUCAAAAAUUGUGUUUUGAAAAAAGAUGAACAUAUUGCUAGGUACAGAGACAAAAUAAUGAUUAUGAAGUGGAAAGACAAAAAGGAUGUAAUUAUAUUGAGUACUAUCCACGACAAUAAAUUUGUAGAAAUGGAAAAACGAAGGAAAACUAUAUCAAAACCGGAAUUUAUCGCUGACUACAACAAAAAUAUGGGAGGAAUUGAUCUUACUGACGGACAAAUGAAAACUUAUGAAAUCGCUAGAAACCAAGUAAAAAAGUAUUACUAUAAGAUAUUUUUACAUGCACUAGACAUGGUGUGUUUGAAUGCAUAUCUUUUAUACAAGAAAGAUGGCAGUCACCUAGAUAGGCUUCAUUUCCUUAUCGAAACUGUAGAAAAAGCAAGGAGGUUAGAAUAG